AGUAAAAAUUUGCAGCCCUGGGAACCCAUGCCGAGCAGAAGCCAACAUGGAGGAUGAUCCUGCUUUCUUUGGCUUUAAAAACAUUUUUCUGACAAUGUUUGCCACGUUUUUCUUCUUCAAGCUUUUAAUUAAAGUUUUCUUGGCUCUCCUAACCCAUUUCUAUAUCGUCAAAGGAAACAGAAAAGAGGCAGCUAGGAUAGCAGAAGAGAUCUAUGGUGGACUCUCAGACUGCUGGGCUGACCGAUCCCCACUCCACGAGGCUGCAGCGCAGGGGCGUUUACUGGCUCUUAAAACUUUAAUUGCACAAGGUGUCAAUGUGAAUCUUGUGACAAUUAACCGGGUCUCCUCUCUCCAUGAGGCUUGCCUUGGGGGUCAUGUGGCCUGUGCUAAAGCCUUGCUGGAAAAUGGUGCACAAGUCAAUGGACUGACAAUUCACGGGGCCACUCCGCUCUUCAAUGCCUGCUGUAGUGGCAGUGCUGCGUGUGUCAGUAUGCUCUUGGAGUUUGGAGCCAAGGUCCAGCUUGAGGUCCACCUGGCUUCACCGAUUCAUGAAGCUGUGAAGAGAGGUCACAGAGAGUGUAUGGAGAUUCUGCUGGCGAAUAAUGCUAACAUUGAGCAAGAGCUUCCUCAGCUAGGAACUCCUCUGUAUGUGGCCUGUACCUACGAGAAAGUCGACUGUGUGAAGAAGCUUCUAGAACUGGGAGCCAGUGUUGACCAUGGCCGGUGGCUGGAUACCCCACUGCAUGCUGCUGCUAGGCAGUCCAGUGUGGAGGUCAUCAACCUGCUCACUGAGUAUGGCGCUAACCUGAAACUCAGAAACUCUCAGGGCAAAAUCGCCCUUGAUCUUGCUGCUCCCAAAAGCAGUGUGGAGCAGGCACUCCUGCUCCAUGAAGGUAAGACAGGCCUGAUAGGGGAUUUGCUUCUCCUCCCUAAGCAUACUGUGGUCUCAUCUCUAGACUAG